AUGAAGACAUCGAUGGCAUGGAAAGACUUUCGGCACUCAAACCUGGUUGCCACGAGUGUGUCGGUACAGGGUGGUGACGACUCUGACGGGGCAGAAGAGGAUGGAUUCGUGGGUACUACGUCAAAGGGACCAGAGGACAUGAUGAUGGAAAUCAUGGACAAGUACGUGCAUGCGGGCGAAGCGCUAGCAGAGAGAGAAAACGAUGUCAGGCAUCUCAGCAAACAGGUGAAGGCGGUAAGGGCAGACAACAAGGAACUGGAGGCCGAAGUCGCCCGCCUUACGACGUCAAAUGAAAAACUUGCUGAUGACGAGGGACGUUGGUACUCGCUGGCCAGGGAGCUAGAGAAUCAAAUGGAAGUCAUCAAGAAGGGUGAAACAUACACGUUGUUCCAAGACAAGGUUGACGAGGCGGAGGCAAGGUUGGAGGUGGCGACGGACGCAAACAGCACCUGCAGAAAGAGACUUUUCGAGGUUUAUGGUGCAAUCAGUCCAGACUUUCAAGACAAGACCAACGACGGCAGCGAUGAGGAUGUGGACGAACAUCGCCAGCACGCAACAGUUCUUGACCAGCUACGCCGGCUCAAGUCAGCAACCAAGGAGAUGGAAGAUGCUUUCGCUGCUGCUCAGGAUACCAACUCCGCGGCGAAGCUAGUUAGAGAGCAAGCGCAAGUCCAGGAAGCGGAAUUGCGCAAUCGACUUGAGGCGCAGGUGUCCGAGCUUAGGGAAGAGAUUGCAACUCGAGAUGCCAAAUCCCAGUCGGAGCAAAACGCUCUCCGUGAUGCUUCCGCCAAGCAAGCGCAGGAGUUACGGCAAGCUUUCGACGAACUCUCGAACUGUCGAGCAGCUUGUGCAACGGCGCAAGCCACGGCACAAGCUGGAGAGGACGCGAGGCGUGCUGCUGUUGAAAUCGCGACCACGAUAGAAGCAAAGCUCGAGGGUGUGCAGGAAGACCUGAGGCUUACCCAGGAGGAAACCCGAACCGUCACGGGACACCUCACGGAGGCGCGUGCUGCGCUAGAAACAUCCCAGAGGGAGGCGAAGCGCAGGCAUGAAGCGCAAGACGUCGCCGAAAACAGCGUCCAGCAAUUAUCAGGUCGAGUAAUCGAGCUGGAAACUCUGCUCCAGGAUACGCGACUGCAGGCGUCCCAAGUGGAGAGGGACCUAGCUGAUUCGUCGCAGAAAAUCACGGAGUUGACACAGGUCGCCCAUGUGUAUCAGGGAGAGGUUGCCGAGGCCACGACCGACCUAGGCGAGCUCCGUGCGCACGCAGACGCGCAGGAGAGACGGCUUGAAGAGUCGAUGCAGAAGGUGACGGAACUAACGGAGGACGUGCACACACUCCGUGGUCAGCUCGCCGAGAGAGACGCGGCGGCCACCCGUGCAGAGAGCGACGCAGAGAGAGCGUUGCACGGCACGUCUGUGGCAACAAAGGAAGCUGAAGGACUUCGCGAAGAAGUGGAGAGACUUACGGUGGAAGCGUUGACAAUGAAGCAGGAAUAUGCAGAGCAAGCUGAAGACUUCGGUGACGAGCUAAAGAGGGUCACGGCAGACGCAUCAAGGGAGCAUGCUGCACGUGCUCAAGAACUGCGCGACGAAUUAGCAAUCACGAAGCAAGAGGCCGCAUCUGCUGCUGAAGAGAGUACCGCGCAGGCCGAAGAGUUGCGCCGGGAGCUGGAGAGUGUCAACGCAUCGGCCGCGCUUGCCACUCAAGAGAAUUCUGUACGUGUGCAAGCACUGCGUCAGGAACUGGAGCUUGCCAACGCGGCGGUACUUACUGCUCGAGAUAACACGACAGACAUUGAAGGACUGCGUCAGGAACUGGAGCGUGCCAACGCGGCCGUUCUUACUGCUCAAGAUAACACGACAGACAUUGAAGGACUGCGCCGGGACCUGAACGUGGCCAACUCGGCCCUGUCCAGGGCUCAGGACGACAUCACACGAGUGAACGAGGCCCGCAUUGCAGCAGAAACCGAUGCAGAGAGGGCGGAGAGUGCGAAGGUACGUGCCGAGAAAGCCUGGGAAGAGUCACGGCAGCAGGGUGCUGAACUGAUAAACGAUGUGCGCGCUCUCGAGGCACAGCUGUGCGAGGCAAAGGCUUCGGCAACCCAGCUUGAAGCGGUCAUCGAGGAGCAUCAGGAGAAGUUGUCAAGCCUCAACGCGAACCAGCUGGAAGAGAGGACGAUCGCGGUAGCUCGGGCUCGAGAGGAGUGGGCUGCUGAAGCAGCAGCAGCGGCAGCGGGAGCCCCCGCCCCACCCCCCGUCGUAGCAGCACCGGUGCUUAGCGUAAAUGGUGACACGUGCGCGGACGUUCUCUUUGGGUCACCAGCUCCGGGUAGCAACGGUGACGCUUCCACGGGCGGAAAAGAAGCGUCUGCGAUGGCCAAUGGGGUGGCCGCUGUCUCUAGAAGCGCUGAGGCUGAACAACUUCAAGCUCAUGCGGAUGCGAUGGAAUUAGAGCUGAGAUACACGUUGGAAUCCUUCGAGGGGCAGCUGAGCGCCAUGGCCCGUGAGAAGGUGGCCAUCCAGAAACAAGUCAAAGAACUCACAGGGCAAUGCACCACCCUUCGAAAGCAGGUGUCGCACUACAAGAAGGUGGCCAAGGAAAGUGAGGCGCAAGGUGAACAAGAUGAAGUCAUCGAGCUGCGGGCUCGCUUAGUGGAGGCAGAAGACAUACUGGUGGUCAAGUCUCAAGAGCUAGCUGCAAAGGCACAGGAGGCGGUGUCAGCCACAGCCCUUGCGAAUGCUCUGGAGCACCGGAUACAGGAGGCUGAUUCCGAGGUGUUGGGGCUACGGGAGUCUUUGGAGUCCGCGUCUCAAGAGCUAGCUGCAAAGGCACAGGAGACGGUGUCGGCCACAGCCCUUGCGAACACUCUGGAGCACCGGAUACAGGAGGCUGAUUCCGAGGUGUUGGGGCUACGGGAGUCUUUCGAGUUGACGUCUCAAGAGCUAGCUGCAAAGGCACAGGAGGCGGUGUCGGCCAGAGCCCUUGCAAACACUCUGGAGCACCGGAUACAGGAGGCUGAAUCCGAGACGUUGGGGCUACGGGAGUCUUUGGAGUCGACGUUUCAAGAACUGUCUGCAAAGGCACAGGAGACGGUGUCGGCCAGAGCCCUUGCUGACACUUUGGAGCACCGCAUACAGGAGGUCGAGUCCGAAGUGUUGGGGUUACAGAAUUCUUUGGAGUCCACGUCUCAAGAACUGUCUGCAAAGACACAGGAGGCGGUGUCGGCCAGAGCCCUUGCUGACACUUUGGAGCGCCGGAUUAAGGAAGUCGAGUCCGAAGUGUUGGGAUCACAGAAGGCUCCGGAGUCCACGACGGAAGAGCUCGCGUCCGCCCGUGCGAGCGCAAGCGACCUGCAGUGUGCCUUGUCCAAGAUUUCUGAGCUUCAGAGCGUUGUCGGCGACUUGGAACGGGAGAAAAUCCACCUGAAUGAGACCACCGCGGCUCUCACAAGCGAGUUCGGCCAGGCCAGUGCGAAACUUUUAGAGUUACAGGAUGUGAUUCACUCGCAGCAGGAAGAGAAAGCGAUUGCAUUGCAAACUGUCGACCAAACAGAGGAGGCGCGGACGGCGCUCGUGGUGGCGUUGAGAGAUAUCGCUGAGCUGAUUGGGUGCGACCGCGUCGGAGAAGCUGCUGUGUCCAGCCUCAGCAUCUUGGAUAAGAUCGCCGUCGUGAAGAGACAGUUGGCGACUGCGGAGGACGUACUGGAAGCCACGGCGCAGGCCUUGCGACAGACUGCGGUCGAGGGAGAGGUUGCCCUCGAUUCAGGGUGGAGCUGGAUCAUCAAUGGCGUCAGCAGUCUGCAGCGCCGACUACAAGCUGCAGAGUUGGAGCUUUCGCGAAGCGCGGUAGUCCAAGACGAUGGCGGUCUUGGUGACACCGCUCAGGUGGUCGAAAGCGCAUCGGUGGUGGGGGAAUGCAACGGAAACAGUGUAACGCACGAGGCUCUCCGGCAAGCCAAGGAAGAAGUGGAGACCGUCAAGGCGACCCUCAGAAAGGAGCGGCUUCUGAUGUUGGCUUUCCGAAGAUGGGGUCACUUUUACCUGGCCUUGAGCAACGAAGCCCUGAGGAAACGGACAAAGGAACAGAAUCAGGCCCGCAUCCAGAAGGGCAAGCCAGAAAGUGCAUCAUCGAGCGUGAUGGAACAGACGCGUACCGACAGAGGGCGCAGUCGCCGACGUGGCAAUGGGCGAGAGCAGUUGCAGCUGUCCACCUCGGAGGUUCGACUCAUGGUGGAGAAGGAGGCCGAAACGGUUGCACGUGAACUUGCGGGCGCGCCCACUGCAUCUUUGCUCGCGCUUGUUGACGCGCGGAAAGAGAUGGACGACGUAGCCAUGAAGGCCCAGGCGACGCUUGGCGUGUUGUACGCGCAACCGCCGUUGACGCAAGACGCCAACGUGGCAACGGAUGGGACCAUGAUGCUUGAGAUCGAGCAACUUCCCCACGAAGAGAAUCUGAAAGGAGAGAUCCAAGACACGAAUGUGGCAAAAGAUGGAACCAUGGUGCUUGAGAUUGAACAGGUUCCCCACGAAGAGAAGCUGAACAGAGAGACCCAAAAGACUUCGCCAUCGCCUGGCCGCCAAACGAGUGCGAGUGUCGACAUGAACGUCGAUGCUGGCGUGGGUGAAGAGGCUCUGCCAGGGCCGCCGAUCGCACCGACGGUGCCGAUCGACCAGCAGAAGGCUGAGGCAGCCAAAGCUACCGAUUCUACGGGCUCGAGGGUCCUAAAGAAUGCACCAUCGUGCAGGACGACAGGGCCGCUGGUAGAGGAUGGCGUCUCCAAGAAAGACCGAGCUGAAUACCUGAAGAAGCAAAGGGAGGAGCGAAAGGCGAACAGGAAGAAGGGAAUGCAAGCGUCCACGUCACGUACUAGGUCCGCAGAGCCCCCAGGCAGUGCGGCCUUCCGCAACCGCAGAACAUCUGCUCCUGCGAUGAUGCCAACCGCUGCCGUCAACGCGCCGGCAGCUCCGCGUACCCCACCAACUCUCCAUGGUGAGACGGACUUGUUCCAAGCGUCUCCUAAGCCGGCCAUCGAAGACAGGGAAGAAUCGGAAAGCAAGCGAAUGCCUCCUCCACCCAUGGGGUUGACAGCUGGCGUGUCGCCGACGGGCGCGGCACUGGUAGGGGAGGACCAGCAGGGCGGGGGUCCUUCCCCCCGUAGCGAUUCGACGCUGACUGGCGAGACUAUGGCGCCCGUAAGGGCGCCCCCACCCCGUAUGUUCAACCCGACGGCUGUCCCCCCGCCUAUCGCACCUUCGAGCGCAACCACCAGCUCCCACGCCCCGCCUCCCAUGCAUCCGACCAUGGCGUUUAACGUCAACGAGUCGGUGGAAAGGGCUUUGAAGGAGGCGAGGCGCGACGCCGGUCAAGCUGAGAGGAAUGCGAUGUUCUGGAAAUACCGAUUCAGGGAUUUGGCGGUGUGGGCGGCAUCGUUUGCCGUCCUCACUUAUGCAUCCGAUCACGGAUUCGAGGACUGCUGAGAACUAUGGAGGGCGUUUGUUACGUUAGCACACUUGGGUUACCCGGCAGCUGGGAUAACAAUUGCCGUGUUACCGUGCUACUGGUGUAGUUCUUCAAGAUGCUUGCGAUGUUGGGCUUUGAAUUGCUCCGCGUGCAUGUGUCCGCCUUUCAAUGCAGCACGCCUUGUGGCUGCUAGGAUAUUGUGGUUAUGGUUUGUGCUAAUCUGCGGCGCCCUGCGCCGUAAGGCGUUGUCCUCUGUGAAAAGUCCAUUUAUGUGCGUCUAGCUCACCCAAGUUACUGUAGCCAGUGUCAAACUACGAAUCUCAAGUAUCGUAAGAGCUGUACACGCGUCGACACGUCCUGUCCCCUUGGUACGAGACAUCAUGGCCGAUAGCUCUCCAGGUGUCCAGUCGCACUGCUGUAGUAUAGAUGAGCCCACGGGUUUCACUGCGGGCUGGUCGCUAUAGCUGCCGUUGCUGUUGUCUUACGAGCCGCCGUUCCAGCUCUGCUUCGAUUCUCGCGUUGGAGCGUUCCUGUAUUGACAGACAUGGUCGUGUUGGAGCAGUUACCGUGAGGGUUCAUCAGGUACACGUUAAUGUGCGUGUCACUGUUCCCUUUGUUCGUGGUGUGUGUAGCCACGCAGCGACAUAUAUUCAUGUCGUCUAUUGGGUGUUGUGUGUGUGCUGUAUACAUGUAGCCAACUCAAUGAUAUCUUGUCUCGAUGCUG